GUAAUAUUUAAUGCUCCUGUCUACAUCGUCGGCGUUUCGGAUUCUGCAUAACCUAAAGCAAGCAAUCCAAAACAAACAUUCACGCAAUCGAACCACUCGUGAGGGUAGGACGGGCAGCAGUUUCGUUGGCGUACGGUGGCCCUGGCACUAAGGAAAGACAUACAAUUUUGCGACGAACUGGAAUCCGUGUGUGGACGGGCAACGCGCUGGAGACAUGUACUGCUUGCAAUGCCUCAUCCCGGUGUUAUUGAUUCCCAAGCCGACGAAUCCGGCGCUCAUGCAAACCCACGUCAUGUUUAUCGUGCUCUACCUGAUCGGAUUCUUUCUGGAGCGUAAACCCUGCACCAUAUGCAGCCUAGUAUUUGUGAUGGCCGUUUUCCUGCUAUGCAACAGUGGCAACUGUUUGUUUUGGGGAAAUUGCGAGGGUCAUACUUGCGAGAAUGGCUAAACGGCACCAACCAAUUUCCCAGCGGCCACGUUGACGUCGAACGAUGAUGGACACAGGACAAUGAGGCGGUGCUGGCAGAACAUAAUCGGACGAUGGGAAAAUGAGCUAGUUAGUUAUGAUAGUUUUAAACAUCUUUUUCUUUUUUCAAACCUUCCCUCCUUUGUUUUGCAUUCGAUGUGUUCCCGCUGGAUUCGAAAGGUAUUAAUGCCGUUCCGUUUUCCUGGUGGUGACAAACGGUGUGUUUCUUUGAUUCUAUCAGUUUAUUCACAAACGGCCAAAGAUUUAGAGAAAUGUGUGACUUGCUGAUAUCAGCGGCUAGUGCGCAAUAGGAUUAGUAGCAGUUAGAUAUAGCUGAAUCAUAUUUCCCUCGUUGUAAACCCCCUUUUUCCAUGUACUCACUUGGAAAGACACUUUUUGAGAACGCAAAGACUUUUGAAACUAAUGCUAUAGCGGUUGUGCUGUGCUCGUUUGCGAGUUGAACUGAGACUCCGGGAUUGAUUGGCUGAUAGUGAACUGCUGUUAAAUAGAAAACAUAAACGUACCACAUAAGAAAAGUGAUCAUAAAAAUGUAGCCAUCGAAAAUAUACAGUGUCGAAGCAUAAAAAAUAAGAAAAAGAACAGGUAUGCGGAAGGCAAACAGGAACAUGCAGGAGUAGGAGCUUUAUCGGGACUCUUCUUUCAACAAAAACACUAAAUAACAUAUGUACCACUAGUCGUUAUUCAAGCGUUUGGCUAUUCUAAACUACCCAAUAUUCCCCUUCCUCAACUGUGAGUAGAAGGAAGGUAACAUAUAACAUCUUGCGACACUGUAGUCCGUUCAAAAUUGACCGUAUCGUAAUCGUCCAGCAAUCAGCCCAAACAGAUUUCCUAGAUUAAUCGCGUCUACAUGCAAACGAACCACUUUGCUCCAAACAUCAUCCAACCGUGUUUGAUGGCACUUGGUGUGAUAGUGAAAUGAAACAGGAAAACAAACGAAACGUAUGAAGGAAAAUAAGAAACUAUUGCAACCCGCGGUGUAUCAAACAUAGCGUGCACAUGGCGUGCGUAUAUGCGAAAUUAAUCAAAAUUCAGAACACGUGGGAGUGAUCAAUCUAAAAGAUCGAACGAUUAAUGUAAAUAGUUAUGAACAUAAAUGUAAUAUUUAUUUUUUAAACCACCAUAAAACCCUAGGUUAGCGUGUUUAAAACCAUUAAAGCAAAUGAAAACGUAAACUAAUUAAUAAAAAAAAUUAAAGAUAAUCGUUCCUGCUGUUC